AUGAGAUUUUCCUUCACUUCCGUUGUCGGCUUUGCCGCAGCGACCCAGGCACUGAACAUCCUCAUCACUAACGAUGAUGGUGCUUUCACCUCCAACAUCCGCGAGUUGUACAAGGCUGUCAAGGCUUAUGGUCAUAAUGCCUGGAUUGUAGCUUCGGCUACCGAUAUGUCUGGCCAGGGCGGCCGUGCUGUCUUCAGUACUGAGAAGAACCUCACUACUGAUUCCGAGUUCGGGUUUAUCAAAGCUGGUGCUCCGGCUUUUGGCCAGGACCCCAUCGACCCCAACAUCUUUUACUACAAUGGAACUCCAGCUACUAUGGUCUUUCUCGCUCUCGACUAUGUUUUGCCCAAGUAUGCCAAUCUGAGCACAGUUGAUCUUGUUCUCUCUGGGCCCAACUUCGGUCUCAACCUGGGUCCUUUCCUCUAUACUAUUUCUGGUACCAUCGGUGCAACUUAUGCCGCGGUCGAGCGUGGUAUUCCCGCCAUUGCUUACUCUGCCACCUACUCUGUUCAAACACCCUAUACAUGGACAAAUAAGUCGACCGCCGCCGGGCUGCAGGACCCUGCCGUCAUCACGGGCCGUCUGGCUGCCAACCUCGCCCAGUCCUUCAUCACAAAGGCUGCUGGCAAGCGUAUCCUGCCACUAGGCUAUGGAGUCAAUGUCAACAUUCCCUACAUCACGUCUUUCACCAACAAUUCUUGCGUGAACCCUCCAUACGUCCUAACUCGCAUGACCAACGGCGCUAUUGUCGACAAGGCCGUCUACAAUCCCACCACUGGUCUUUUCCGUUACGGCGAUCUGGUUGCCGACGGCGUCAACCAGUGCAUCAAUGGCGACUGCUCUCUGCCUGGUGAGACUCUUGUCGUCAACGGCGGCUGCCAGUCUGCCGUUUCUUUCUUCACCGUUGAUUACGAUGCCCCUAGCCCCAAACAGUGCGGCAACACCACGGAUAUCUUGACUCUCAUCCCACCUGCUGUCAAUCUCUGGAACUCGACUAGCAAGGUCGGUGGUCUUGGAGCCAAUUCCACGGUAACCUCCCCUAGCAACGGUACCAACACCACCCCUAGUUCAGUGAGCACCGCUAGUGCCCGCUCUUCAUCGACAGGCGUGUCUUCCUCUACACCCACUUCCGGUGGACAAACCAUGAAGGCUCCCGUUGUUGUUGCUGCAUUCCUUGCCAGUCUCUACAUGUUCUGA